CUUAAGUGAAUAUUUUCUGAUUUUACAAUUAGUUAGUAAGUUAAUUUAACUUGUUUUCAGGUAAAACAAAGAGAAACUGAAAUUCUUAUUGUUGCCAUUGUACUGCUUCAUCCUUCCUGCACACACACGGAGCCCAAUUCAAACGAUCCUGCCGCCGCCGCCAGACACCACCAACCACCGUAUCCGCCGCCAUCGAUCAAGCAUCCCAUGCCAAAUCCAGCCACCUCGCCGCCCGCUUGAGGCGUAACCUCGUCGCACUCGCAGUAUCACUUGUAUGAUUCUCCUCUCCACGAUUCAUCAUUAUUAACUAAUUCAAUCUAUCGAUAUCCUAUCAAUUUCAUCUCGCGUGUGGUUUUCAGAUCCAGCUUCUUCGACAAUCGAAGUUAGGGUUCAAUGUUUUGAAACUCCUAGUGAUGUUGUUGCGAAGAAGAAGGUUCCCAAUCCUUCAACAUUUGGGCGUUUUCUCAAACCCUAGGAGCUUUCUUCUUCACCCAUUACAUUCCCCUCAAUAUUCAUCUUCCAAGCGGAACAGGGAGCAGUUAUUGAAUUCCAUGAGAGAUCUCAAAACUGUCGAUGCUGCUUUGGAUUUCUUCAACAAAAUGGUUGCAAUGAACCCUUUCCCAUCUGUCAAAGACUUCAAUUGUUUGUGCAGCAUUGUUGUGAAGAUGAAGCAUUACACCACCGCCAUUUCGCUAAUCAAACGAAUGCAUUCGUUGGGGGUGAAAAUUGAUUCAUGGACCCUCAAUAUUGUCGUCAAUUGUCUCUGCCGAUUGAAGCGAACGGUAUUCGGGUUAUCGAUUUUAGGGCUUAUGUUUAAAAUUGGUUUGGAGCCGACGGUAGUGACGAUUAACACCAUUGUUAACGGGCUUUGUGUGGAGGGCAAUGUGGAACAAGCAUUGGGGUUAGCUGAGCGUAUCGAAAAUAUGGGCUAUGAAUCGGAUAGUUACACCCAUGGAGCAAUAAUUAAUGGAUUGUGUAAGGUAGGUGAUACUUCUGUCGCUAUUGGGUAUCUAAGGAAGGUGGAAAAAAGAGGUUGCAAAUUGAAUGUCGUAGCUUAUAGUGCAAUUAUGGAUGGUCUUUGCAAGGAUGGGUUGGUACCUGAGGCUUUGGGUUUGUGGUCAGAAAUGACUGGUAAAGGUAUUCAACCUACUCUUGUCACCUACAAUUGCUUAAUUAAAGGACUUUGUGAUUUUGGUAGAUGGCAAGAUGCUGCAAUUCUACUUGGUAUGAUGAUGAAAAAGGGAAUCAUGCCUGAUGUGCAAACUUUCUCGGCUAUCGUUGACAAUUUUUGCAAAGAGGGGAUGAUUACAAGGGCUGAAAGUGUAAUAGGUUUCAUGGUUCGUAUGGGAGUGGAGCCUAAUGAUUUCACCUAUAACGCAAUGAUUAAUGCUCAUUGUUUGCAAAAUCAAAUGAAGGAGGCCAUGGAUGUUCUUGAUAUGAUGGUUCGCAAGGGUUGCUUGCCAUGCACUGUAACUUAUACGUCAUUAAUCCAUGGGUGGUGUAAAAUUAAAAACAUGAAUAAGGCUAUGUCUCUCUUGUGUGAGAUGAUUAAUAAAGGAUUAAGUCCAAACAUCUGCACAUGGAAUGCUCUUAUUGGUGGGUUAUGCAAAGUAUGGAAACCUCUAGCUGCAAAAGAAUUGAUUUUUACAAUGCAAAAGCAUGGCCAACUUCCCAAUCUCCGUACUUAUGCUAUUAUUUUGGAUGGCCUAUUCAAAUGCAAUUUUUAUUCAGAGGCAAUAUCAUUAUUUAGGGCAUUGGAACAGAUGAAUUUGGAUCGUCAUAUUUUAAUUUAUAGUAUUGUACUUGAUGGGAUGUGCAGUUUUGGAAAACUGAAUGAUGCGCGGGAACUCUUUUCUUGUCUACCAGCUAAAGGUUUGAAAAUUAAUGUUUAUACAUAUACAAUAAUGAUUAAAGGCCUAUGUAAAGAAGGAUUAUUGGAUGAUGCUGAAGACUUACUGAUGAAUAUGGAAGAGAAUGGCUGUCCCCCUAAUGCUUGUACUUAUAAUGUUUUGGUUCAAGGAUUACUGCGAAUAUAUGAUAUUUUAAGGUCAGCAAAAUACCUUCAACUAAUGAAAGGCAAAGGUUUUUCUGCAGAUGCUACCACUACAGAAUUGCUUAUCAGCUCCUUCUCUGGUAUUAAAGGAGAAAAUGCAUUUCAAGAGUUUUUGCAGAAAUUAGUUGGGGUAUAAUCUCAGUGUAUUCAAAAUCUCAAUUUUCUUGAAGGCGAAGCUGUAAGAAACUGUAGAGAACAGAGAAAAACAUGGAACAUAGUAAUUUGAAAAGGAAGUAGACUGAGUAUCAAUGGAGAAGAUUGAAUUUAGGGAUAUAUGAUAGAAUGGACGGAUGAUGAAGCUUGUGUUAGCUCUUUCUGGAUGGAGAAAAAUAUUGGGAAGGCUCAGACCCACAUAUGAAAGAAAAGGAAAUACAGAACAAAUAAAAGGGAGGGUCAUGGAUCUUGUGCUCUUCUUUUACACCAUUAUACAGAUAUAAAGAAGAGCCCUGGAAUGGUUGGGGGAAUUCUCCUGCAAGUUUCUGGUUUUGUUAGAAACAUCAGCAUUCCCAUGCUUUAGGAAGAUAGCUUCACUGAGUCCAAAGGAAGAAGCUGAGCAGAAUCAUCUGGCAGAAGCCAUCAUGGUUUGUUAUUGUCUUGGGAUGGGGGUGCCAAAGGGUGAGAAUAAAGCAUUUGAGCAUAAGCAGAAUCCGCAGAGUCAGGAACAUAAUUUGAAGGAUGAUGAAUCUGUGAGUAAGCGACAUAUUGUUGCUGCUGAUGCUGACUAGUAGGAAUCUGAACUAACUGAGGCAAGGGAGCAUUUCUUAGGAGGUUGUAAGCGGAAGAUGAUGGAGCCGCACUUCAAGAUAUAGUUGUGGCAGAUUCACCUACAUUAGCAUGCUGCGCUGACAAGUUAUAUGCUUGGGCCUGUCUUGCUGACAAGAUAUUGUUACUGAUGCUGCUCACUAGUAGGAAUCUAACAAACUGAGGCAAGGGAACAUUUCUCAGGGAAUUGUUAUAAACAGCAGAUGAUGGAGCAGCAUUUGACUAGCUAGAAGAGAUAGUUGUGCUGGUAAUAACCCGUUCCAGAUUGAAUUUGAACUUGGUCUUGAUAGAUUACAGGUUUCGGGUAUGACACUGCAGUUAAAAGACAUUUGUUACUGCAGAACAUGUGACACAAUAACAAAUCAAUCUUUCAAUCAAGAAAACAAAGAGGUAAAUGAAGUAUAAUCAAUUGUAUGAUGUUACCAAGUGUCUUUGGACAUUUGUACUAUGUAAUUUUAUUUAUUAUAUUUUAAGUUUAUGUUCCCUUUGUAGUAAGCGAAGUUUGAUUUUGGUCUCUAA